UCUGGUCCUAUUAAUCCGUCAUUUGCGGGCUUUGGGAUUGAGCCGUCCAACUUAUUCUCGUUUACCGGAUACGAUGAGCCGAACGCAUUGACGUUCAACCUGAUCGAUAACUUGGUAAGCUACACGGGCAAGCCGCCGCAUGUCAGAUUAGGCGGUAACACACAGGAUUACAUGAUAUUCCGCAAAGACCAGACAGAAUGGACUUGGGUCAAAAACCCCCACCCCAUUGGACAAGGGGAUUACGCGUGCGACCACAUGCUGAUCGGGCCACGCUUCUUCGAGGCUGCCAACCGAUUCCCUGAAGGCACACCCAUAACCUGGGGUCUGAACCUAGCAUAUAAGGAAGACGACUGGGCGGACCAGAUCACCACCAUGGCGCGGCAGGUCGUCGAAAGCUGUCCAAACCUCAAACUCGUCUCCUUCGAGAUUGGCAACGAGCCUGACCUGUACCUGCAAAACGCGUUCCGCUCGGACGGGUGGGGUGGACGGGCAUACACGAAAGAUUGGCUUGAGCGCGCCAAGGUGAUCUACGAGCAAGUCCUCAAGCCCAACGACAUCGCCACGGAUUUCUUCGAGCCCGGCUGCACGGCCUCGACCAGCGGGACAGAUUUCCAGAUUCAGGACCUCGCGUCGUUCGGCAUCGACGCCCAGGCCGCGGAGAGUGAGACGUCGUACGUGGCCUCCUGGAACCAGCAUGACUACUACUACUACAUCGGGGUUUCCAACUACCCGCUGACGCUCUCACACUUCAUGCAGCUGAGCACGACCGAGGACCAGUUCGUGUCGUGGAGCAAGCAGGUGGCGCAGGCGUGGGCGACGCCGUACGGCUACGCACUGCGGGAGAUGGGGGUCGUCGGGCCCGUGGGGCUCCGGGGCAUCACGGACACGUUCGGGGCGGCGCUGUGGGCGCUCAACUUCUUGCUGUACGCCGCCUCGCUGGGCAUCGCCACCGUGCAGUUCCACAUGACGGACGACAGCGAGGCGUCGCUUUGGCUCCCGCUCGCCAUGAACGGGAGGCGCCCCUUCGUCCGCCCCAUCUACUACAGCUUUGCCGCCUUCGACCAGAUUAUCGGACCCACCUGCACCGCGCAGGUCGCCCCCGUCCCCGUCGCGCUGGUUGGCGGCGGUGGGGUCCCAGAGGGCUACUAUGGCUAUGUACGCGCCUACGCCGUCUACCAGGCCGGUAAGUGGCAGAGCCUCGUGCUGAUCAACUCAAAACUCACGUCCGACGGCGCCGCGGGCGACGAAAUACCCGGCCUCACGGUGCGUGUGGCGUUGCCGGCCAAGCUUGCGGGCCAGAAGGUUGUCCUCAGCUACCUGAGCGGCGCGUCGUCCAACGCCACCGAGGGCACGACGUGGAACGGGCUCGAGUACGAGAGCAGCGGCGACGGCACCCCGAGCCAGAAGGACGACGGGCUGAGCGGCCGCACGGCCUCGGUCGGCGAGGACGGCACGCUCGAGCUCUUGGUCAGGGACUCGCGGGCCGUCGUCGCGAGU